UUACCAAGAAAAGUUAGUAAAAUGGGUUGAGUUGGUGCAAAUCAUAUUAAGCAGAGUGUCUCUAAAAGUUGCUGUACUGUACUGCCCCUCUGUAUAAGGACAAAUAUUAACAGGCCUGUAAAAGCAAAACCCCCUGGCGAGUUCAAUUUUUUUGGGUAUAUCAGCCAAAACCCAUCUCUAGAAACUCCCAAAAACCCAAUCCAGAUGACAGAACCUUCCAAGGCUUGAACAGAAUUUUCAAAUCCCCAAAUGGGUUUUCACAAAAUACCCUUCUCUGUUCUCUAUCUUUAUUCAAUUCUAUUGACACAAGCUGGGUUAUUUGUGUUCUCCGCAUCAGCAGCAGACCUCACAAGCUUGGUUUACAAGGGAUGUGCGAACCAGAAUUUCCAAGACCCAUCUGGGGUUCUCUCUCAAAACCUGAAAACCCUCCUGUCUACUCUGGUUCAACAAUCCGCACAGAAGAAUUUCUACUCAACAACGAUAGGUGAUGGCCAGAAUGCAAUACUGGGUCUUUACCAAUGCAGAGGAGACCUCUCCACAAUCCAGUGCUACAACUGCGUGAGCAGGAUUCCAGACAUGGCUAACAAGCUCUGUGGGAAAGCCAUGGCAGUCCGGGUUCAACUCACAGGGUGUUAUCUCAGGUACGAGGCUUCUGGGUUUAAGCAGGUUCCAGAGACUGAGUUGUUGUUCAAGAUUUGCGGGUCAACUCGGAUGAGUGAGGCUGGGUUUGAGGAGAGGAGAGAUACUGCUUUUGACAUGGUUGUUAAUGGUGUGAAAAAUGGGAGUUUGUUUUACACGGGGACUUAUGAGUCGGUAUACGUGUUGGGUCAAUGCGAUGGUGAUCUGUCCAAUGGUGAUUGUGGGGAUUGUGUGAAGAGUGCUCUAGAUGAUGCGAAAUCACAGUGUGGAAACUCCAUUUCUGCUCAGAUUUAUCUCCACAAAUGUUACAUUAGCUACAGCUACUACCCAAAUGGGGUCCCCAACACACCAUCUGAAACAGAUGUAGGGACAAAUCAGCAGCAGCAGCACACACAGAGAACUGUAGCAAUUGCAGUUGGAGGAGUAGCAGCUUUUGGGUUUGCAAUUGUUUGUCUAAUGUUUCUUAGGUCUAUGUUGAAGAAAAAACGCAGUAGCAAGCAUGGAGAUUAUUGAGAGGAUUUGUUGGGUUCUGAAGAUUGAAUGUUUUUUUUUUCAAGAGGUGGGUCUACUUCAUUGAAAAGGAGAUUUUGAUAAUGGAGAAAGAAA